AUGUUGAGUGUUGAGGCUAUGCAAAUCGCGCGGCUAUUAAAUUUGCAUCGCAUCUCCGAUUAUGAAGGCCUGAACUGCAUUGAGACCCAGCUCCGCAAAAAAGGCUUCUGGCUAGUGUUUUACUGCUAUGUCCAUGCCAGCUUGCAAAAUUUACAAGGGGAGCGACUCACGUACUUGGACCCGGCCGUAUUACAAUUAGUGAAGGCGGAGGAUCUCAUCCCUCUGGAGAUUGACGAUGAGUUUAUCUUUGAACACGAAGUCGUAUUCCCCCCAAGCCGACUCCCUUCCUCACAUCCGGAUUUAUUCUACACUCCCGCAUAUUUUGGGCGUCGAUCCGAAGUCUUGAUUCGGAUACAACAGAACAUGAACCUUGUCCGUGCGUGCGAGUGA